UCCUCGGCCGUGGGGGCGAGAACGCCGGCGGCGGCGAGCCGGCGUCGUCCGCCGCCCCCAGACAGUGGCAAACUUCGCGGCGUCCCCGGAGCUCGCCCGGGCGAGACUGAUACCUUACAAACCGGCUCAAAUCCAGUCCCCCCCCGCCGCCCCCCAUCCCAGCCCGAAUCAUGGAGGCUGCAGCCGCCGAAGUGCUGCAGCUGCCGGCAGCCCCUGCCCACUAGCGGGGGACCAACAGCGCCACGGCGAGUGAGCGAGCGAGGAGGGGGAGAGGGAGUCUGUCUGCAAACUGCUGCUCCCUGGUGCUCAGAGGCGGCUGCUCCAGCUCCGACUCUCAUUCAUUUCGCCGGUUAACAUGAGAGAUCAUGGCCGCCUUCGGGCUUCUCAGCUAUGAGCAGAGACCGCUGAAACGCCCCCGACUCGGGCCGCCAGAUGUCUACCCGCAGGACCCCAAGCAGAAGGAGGAUGAACUUACCGCAGUGAACGUGAAGCAAGGCUUCAACAAUCAGCCAGCCUUUACUGGAGAUGAACAUGGCUCAGCUAGAAAUAUUGUAAUUAACCCAUCAAAGAUCGGAGCUUAUUUUAGCAGCAUAUUAGCUGAGAAACUAAAGCUUAACACUUUCCAGGACACCGGAAAGAAGAAACCACAAGUUAACGCUAAAGAUAACUAUUGGCUGGUUACCGCGCGAUCCCAGAGUGCGAUUCACAGCUGGUUCUCUGACUUAGCAGGAAAUAAACCACUUGCUAUUUUGGCAAAAAAGGAGCUGCCUCUGGCCAAGUCAGGUGUCCCUCAGGUUCCCAUCCUUAGUAAAAAAGAAGAUGUUUUUGCAUAUUUAGCGAAGUAUUCAGUGCCAAUGGUUCGAGCAACAUGGCUGAUCAAGAUGACGUGUGCCUAUUAUUCUGCCAUUUCUGAAGCAAAAAUUAAGAAACGUCCGGCCACUGAUCCGAAUUUGGAGUGGACGCAGAUAUCUACCAGGUACCUUCGCGAGCAGUUGGCCAAGAUUUCCGACUUCUACCACCUGGCUUCCAGCGCGGGCGACGGCCCUGUGCCCGUGCCGCCCGACGUGGAGCAGGCCAUGAGGCAGUGGGAGUACAAUGAAAAGUUGGCAUUCCACAUGUUCCAGGAAGGAAUGCUGGAAAAGCACGAAUAUUUGACAUGGAUCUUGGAUGUGUUAGAAAAGAUCAGACCAAUGGAUGAUGAUCUUCUUAAGCUCUUAUUACCACUAAUGCUGCAGUAUUCAGAUGAGUUUGUCCAGUCGGCCUACCUGUCCCGUCGUCUCGCCUAUUUCUGUGCCCGGCGCCUGGCGUUGCUGCUGAGCGACAGCCCCGGCCUCCUUGCCGCCCACUCGCCCCAUGUGAUGAUAGGCCCAAACGGCUCGAGCCUCGGGGCCCCCAGCCCCGGGCCCCCCGGCCCCGGCGUGAGCCCCGUGCAGCUGGCCUUCUCCGACUUUGUUUCCUGCGCGCAGCACGGCCCCCUGGUGUAUGGGCUUAGCUGUAUGCUGCAGACUGUUACUCUCUGUUGCCCAAGUGCCUUGGUGUGGAAUUACUCCACGAAUGACAGCAGGAGCGCGAACCCGGGGUCGCCGCUAGAUCUGCUGCAGGUGGCCCCCUCCAGCCUCCCCAUGCCGGGCGGAAACACGGCUUUCAACCAGCAGGUUCGGGCAAGGAUUUAUGAGGUAGAACAGCAGAUAAAGCAGAGAGGCCGUGCAGUGGAAGUCCGGUGGUCUUUUGACAAGUGCCAAGAGUCAACAGCAGGGGUGACCAUUAGUCGGGUUUUGCACACGUUGGAGGUAUUGGAUCGACACUGUUUUGACCGAACUGAUUCCAGCAAUUCAAUGGAGACGCUUUAUCAUAAGAUUUUCUGGGCAAACCAAAACAAAGACAACCAAGAGGUCGCCCCCAACGAUGAAGCUGUGGUGACCCUGCUGUGUGAGUGGGCCGUGAGCUGUAAGCGGUCGGGCAAGCACAGGGCGAUGGCGGUGGCGAAACUCCUGGAGAAGAGGCAGGCGGACAUCGAGGCGGAGAGAUGUGGUGAAUCAGAAGUCUUAGAUGAGAAGGAGUCCAUUUCCUCAGCCUCCCUCGCUGGAUCUAGUUUACCUGUUUUCCAGAAUGUUCUUCUAAGGUUUUUAGAUACACAGGCCCCCUCGUUGUCGGACCCAAACAGCGAGUGUGAGAAGGUGGAGUUCGUGAACCUGGUGCUGCUGUUCUGUGAGUUCAUCCGGCACGACGUCUUCUCCCACGACGCCUACAUGUGCACGCUCAUCUCCCGGGGAGACCUGGCUGUCAGCGCCUCCACGCGCCCGCGCUCGCCAGCCGGGGAGAAUCCAGAUGAGCACUACCCAAAGGAGCACGACAGGAAGAUGGAGAUUUUUUCUCCCAUGCCUGGAGAGUCCUGUGAGAAUGCCAACCCUUCUCUGGGCAGAAGAAUGUCAGUUAAUGGUGAGAAGCUGUUGAAGAGAGAAAAACCAAGGGAGUUGAUUUUUCCAUCUAAUUAUGACCUCCUACGACACCUGCAGUAUGCAACCCAUUUUCCCAUACCUCUGGAUGAAUCUUCAAGUCAUGAAUGUAACCAGCGCACAAUCCUUCUUUACGGAGUGGGGAAAGAGCGGGAUGAAGCCAGGCAUCAGCUGAAGAAGAUUACCAAAGAUAUUUUGAAAAUCCUGAAUAAGAAGAGCAACACAGAGACGGGGGUUGGAGAUGAAGGACAGAAAGCCAGGAAGAACAAACAGGAAGCAUUUCCAACCCUGGAGACCGUGUUCACAAAACUUCAACUCCUUUCAUACUUUGAUCAGCAUCAAGUGACAUCUCAGAUUUCUAAUAACGUGCUAGAACAAAUCACAAGCUUUGCAUCAGGAACAUCAUACCAUCUCCCAUUGGCUCACCACAUUCAGCUCAUCUUUGAUCUCAUGGAGCCAGCACUAAAUAUCAAUGGACUCAUUGACUUUGCAAUACAGCUGCUGAACGAGCUGAGUGUCGUGGAAGCGGAACUGCUCCUGAAGUCCUCCAGCCUGGCAGGAAGCUACACGACAGGGCUGUGCGUCUGCAUUGUGGCUGUCCUCAGGCGCUACCACAGCUGCCUGAUCCUGAACCCCGAUCAGACAGCCCAGGUGUUCGAAGGAUUGUGUGGUGUGGUCAAGCAUGUUGUGAACCCCUCAGAAUGUUCUUCCCCUGAAAGAUGCAUCUUAGCCUACCUCUAUGAUCUCUACGUGUCAUGUAGCCACCUCAGAAGUAAAUUUGGAGAUCUCUUCAGUAGUGCCUGUUCAAAAGUAAAGCAAACCAUAUAUAAUAAUGUGAUUCCUGCAAAUUCCAACUUGCGAUGGGAUCCAGACUUCAUGAUGGAUUUUAUUGAGAAUCCCUCAGCCCGUAGCAUCAACUACUCUGUGCUGGGCAAGAUCCUCAGUGACAACGCGGCCAACCGCUACAGUUUCGUCUGCAACACCCUCAUGAACGUGUGCAUGGGCCAUCAGGACGCUGGGAGGAUUAAUGACAUAGCCAACUUCUCCUCCGAGCUGACGGCCUGCUGCACCGUUCUCAGUUCAGAGUGGCUGGGGGUCCUCAAGGCCCUCUGUUGUUCUUCCAAUCACGUCUGGGGCUUUAAUGACGUACUUUGCACUGUAGAUGUGAGUGACCUUUCAUUCCAUGAUUCAUUAGCUACUUUCAUUGCUAUUCUGAUAGCACGACAGUGUUUCUCCCUGGAGGACGUCGUGCAGCACGUCGCGCUGCCCUCUCUGCUGGCCGCAGCUUGCGGAGAUGCGGAUGCGGAGCCUGGGGCAAGAAUGACAUGCCGCCUCCUGCUUCAUCUCUUUCGAGCUCCCCAGGCCUGCCUGUUACCUCAAGCAACCGGCAAACCUUUCCCUGGAAUAAGAUCAUCUUGUGAUAGACACCUCUUAGCUGCUGCUCACAAUAGCAUUGAAGUGGGAGCCGUGUUUGCUGUCUUAAAAGCAAUUAUGAUGCUUGGAGAUGCCAAAAUUGGCAAUAACAAUGUCAGCUCUUUAAAAAAUGAAGACUUCACCAUGAGGGGUUUACGACGUGAUGGGAAUGCUGAGGAUAUCUGGACUGCCUCACAAAAUUCAAAAUCCUGUGGGAAAAGCAUUUCCAUAGAAACAGCCAAUUUAAGAGAAUAUGCUCGAUAUGUACUGAGGACCAUCUGUCAACAGGAAUGGGUAGGAGAACAUUGUUUAAAAGAACCUGAGAGAUUAUGCACAGACAAAGAACUUAUUCUGGACCCUGUGCUCUCAAAUAUGCAAGCACAGAAAUUAUUGCAGCUGAUCUGUUAUCCUCAUGGCAUUAAGGAAUGUACGGAGGGGGAGAACCUCCAGAGACAGCAUAUUAAACGCAUUCUUCAGAAUCUUGAGCAGUGGACGCUGAGGCAGUCCUGGCUGGAGCUGCAGUUAAUGAUCAAGCAGUGCUUGAAGGACCCUGGCUCUGGUUCGGUGGCUGAAAUGAACAACCUGCUGGACAAUAUCGCCAAAGCAACGAUAGAGGUAUUCCAGCAGUCGGCUGACCUAAACAAUAACGCUUCUAACGCUGGCAUGGGCCUCUUCAACCCAAACGGGAUUGGAAGUACUGAUACAGGCGGCACGAGACAGAAUGGAAUAAAGACAUUUCUAAGUUCCUCCGAGCGCAGGGGAGUGUGGCUGGUGGCGCCCCUCAUUGCCAGGCUGCCGACUUCUGUGCAGGGGAGAGUGUUGAAAGCAGCUGGGGAGGAGCUGGAGAAAGGACAGCACUUGGGCUCUUCUUCCAAAAAGGAAAGAGACAGACAAAAGCAGAAAAGUAUGUCUCUCUUGAGUCAACAACCAUUCCUCUCACUGGUCCUUACCUGCCUUAAGGGACAAGAUGAACAACGAGAAGGCCUUCUAACAUCUCUGCAGAAUCAAGUUAACCAGAUUUUAAGUAACUGGAGAGAAGAACGAUACCAGGAUGACAUCAAAGCACGGCAGAUGAUGCAUGAGGCGUUGCAGCUCCGCCUCAAUUUGGUGGGAGGAAUGUUUGACACGGUGCAGAGGAGCACCCAGUGGACCACAGACUGGGCGCUUCUCCUCCUGCAGAUCAUCACUUCUGGAACCGUUGACAUGCAUACUAACAAUGAGUUAUUCACAACAGUUCUUGACAUGCUGGGUGUUUUAAUCAAUGGGACCUUGGCCUCUGACCUGUCGAAUGCAUCCCCAGGGGGAUCUGAAGAGAACAAACGCGCAUACAUGAACUUAGUCAAGAAACUGAAAAAAGAGCUGGGGGACAAGCGGUCAGAAAGUAUUGACAAAGUUCGACAGCUGUUACCUUUGCCGAAACAGACAUGUGACAUCAUUACCUGUGAACCGAUGGGCUCCUUGAUUGACACAAAGGGAAACAAAAUUGCUGGAUUUGAUUCUAUAGAUAAAAAACAGGGUCUCCAGGUCUCCACGAAGCAGAAGGUGUCCCCGUGGGAUUUGUUUGAGGGCCAGAAGAACCCGGCUCCCCUGUCCUGGGCCUGGUUCGGGACCGUCCGAGUGGACCGGAAGGUGAUCAAGUAUGAGGAGCAACAUCACCUCUUUCUGUAUCACACGCACCCCACGCCCAAGCCCCGCAGUUACUACCUCGAGCCGCUGCCCCUGCCCCCCGAAGAGGAAGAGGAAGAAACCACAUCUCCCAUCUCUCAGGAGCCUGAGAGGAAACCAGCUGAGCUGUCAGAUCAGGGAAAAACCGCAACAGAUGAAGAGAAGAAGACAAAGGGAAGGAAGCGCAAGACGAAGUCCAGCUCCAGGGCUGAUGAGUAUCCGCAGAGCGGCAUGUACCGAGUGCCUCCCAACUACUCACCCGUCGCCUCCCAGGUGACGCACCACCCGCAGCCCACCCUGUGGGGCUACAGCCUCAUGGGUCAGCCCCAGCAGCCCGGCUUCUUCCUUCAGAGCCAGCCCGUCACCCCAGGUGGCUCCCGCUUGGACCCCGCUGGCUCCUUCGUCCCCACCAACACCAAGCAGGCCCUGUCCAACAUGCUGCAGCGGCGCUCGGGGGCCAUGAUGCAGCCGCCCUCUCUGCACGCCGUCACGUCGCAGCAGCAGUUAAUCCAGAUGAAGCUUCUGCAGCAGCAGCAGCAGCAGCGGCUUCUCAGGCAAGCCCAGACGCGGCCUUUCCAACAGGGCCAGCCAGGGGACCAGGCUGCUCUCUUUGCUGCCCAGGCACGGCCCUCCCCUCAGCUCCCCCAGUAUCCGGGACUGCAGCAAGCACAGACCAUGCCCCAGGGCUACACAAUGUAUGGAACCCAGAUGCCUUUGCAGCAGACCCCUCAGCAGCAGGCUGGCAGCGUGGUCCUGUCUCCUACCUAUAAUUCCAGAACCUAUCCGGCCGCUCACUCCAACCCAGCGCUCAUGGAGAGACUCAGACAGAUGCAGCAGCCGCCGAGCGGCUACGUUCAGCAGCAGGCGUCACCAUACCUGCAGCCCCUGACCGGCUCCCAGAGGCUGAAUCAUCAGUCGCUUCAGCAGAGCCCUCUGGUGGGCGGAGGAAUCGACGCGGUGCUGACUUCCGCACAUCCAACCCUUCCCUCAGGGCCCUUGUCUCAGGACCCGCUGAGACCCAGACAGCCACAGGUCCGACAGCAGCCCCGGCUCCUCCAGAUGCAGCAGCCCCAGCAGCCCCCCCAGCCUCAGGGGUCCUCGCAGACCCAGAGUCAGACCCUUGGUCUCCAAACAAUGCAGCCCCAGCAGCCUCUGGCUGUCUCCUUGCUGACAACAGCAGCUGGGUCAUGUAGACAGUCAUCAUCAACACCCCUGUGGGCAGUUCCCCAGGCAAGGCUUGCAGCAGACCCAGCAGCAACAGCAGACGGCUGCCCUGGUGCGGCAGCUCCAGAAGCAGCUUUCCAGUAACCAGCCACAGCAAGGAGUGACUCCCUACGGGCAUCCUUCACACUUCUGAGUCUGGAAGAGGACAAAGAUACAAACUUUUUUGUUUGCACUGAAAAAUAGAAAAUCACAUUUAAUGCAUUAGUCAUCUUCAGAAAUGUCUGUUUGUUUUUUCAUUUCUUUGAGGUUUUCUUAUAUUUUACGCCACAUUUCAUACAAAGGUGUUGAAACAAAAAGUGAAGGAAAGGGUUUGGUUUGGUUUUGUUUCAUUCAACUUGAAAAGUAGGUUUAAAAAUGUAGGUCAUGUGGGCCUACUGCAGGAAGAGUUUGGUAGCAGACUUUUUAAAAUUGGUGCUCUUAUUGAAUCUCGUAGUUAUAGAAAGAAUGAAUAAUGGUGGAUUUAAAAUAUUUAUGUAUUCAUUGAUGAUGAUUUUUUUUUUUUUUUUUUUUGCAAACUGUCCUGGACCAAACUACUGAUUUGAAAGGCAUGUCAGAUCUUGACAGGAAGGUGAUCCAUUUACUCCGCAGUCACCUUUGGUGGUGAAAUGGACAUCUAUUUGCAUUGCUCUAAUUUAAAAUAUUUGUAAUUUCAUAAGCACUUUAUGAACUUUGUUCUUAUUUAUGUAGGAUUUUUCUUUGCUUUUGUUGUGGUCAAAAGGUGCUGAAACAGAUUGUUGCUUAGAACCUAAACUUCUUAGAUCAAGAACUUAACCCAAGGCUUCUGUGAGAGCCACUCCGAGGUACAUGGAAACCCAUUAGAAGUAGCUGUACUGAGUUUUUCCAUGGCAAGAUCAUUGACCAGAGUCUUUGUGAAGGUACAGCAUGUAAAUUCUAAAGGCGGGAAUGAACCACAGUGGAAUUGAUCCAACUAUUUGCCAGAUUUGGCAAAAAUGACUCUGUCCAGUUUUGGUUCUCCUGAACCUUUAUGCCAACUUGAGGGAAAAAAAAAAAAAUCUCUCAGCUGGCCUGAGAUUCCACAGUGCUCAAACUUGACAUGGUUUCCAGAGAGUAUGGCCCCCAAGUCCAGAGGGCUCUGGUUUUCAUAAGAGAUGUAUUUGCUGUUUAUUUUAUAUGGUAAGUAUUUGCUAUUUUGAAUUUAAUUAUUAAUGUUGGUGUCUGUCUUGGUUGUGUAUUGCAUAUACUGCAUUUAUAACUUGGUGCAAAAAGCACAAGUAAAGUAAAUUAUACAUAAAAUUUAUUAUAAAGAAAUAGUAACUAUUUUAACUUUGUUCAAGUAUGUGGUAAUUUGCUCCUAUUAGAGUAAAAAAUACAGUAAAUUAUUAUCAGUUUGUGUAACUUAAGAGUAUUCCAUAUAAUAUUUUUUUAGACUUAGAUGCAUAAAAUUUUGAAUGUGAAAAAUUGCAGGGCAUUUUAAAACAUGUGGGGGAGUAUUUUCCCAUGUUCUGUGUCAGUUCAUUUUCUUUUGCCAUGUGAAUUUACAUGUAAUAUAGUCGCACAUACUGUGAAUAGAUUUGUCUAUAAUGAGCAAACCAUGUAGAACUACUUUUUUUAACUGUAGCUGGUACAACUUCAGUAGAUCAUUUCCUUUGCCAGUCAUUAUAUAAAUAAUUUAUAUCUUCCUAGGUGAGUUACUCACUGCAAAGUCUGACUCAUGCAAAUGACCUCAAACCCAUGUCCACUCGCUUAGCUGUGGCAGCGUCCGUGUGAACUGCUUUGUACACUGUGAAACUAUGUCACCCCAGCCCACGCAUUUCAUGUUUACUCUGGGCUGGGAAAGGCUUUGCCAAAACAUUAAAGACCAUUCUUCCCACUCAUUUAACACGUUCUAUCUGCUUUCAGAUGGAUCUUGACAUUGCAGCUAGUUUUGUAUAUCAGGUUUGGUUUUCUUGUGUUUUUUUUUCCCCUUUUCAGAGUGACAGAGUUCAUAAAGUUAUUUUUCUUCAAAGUAAUAUAUAACGACUGCCUUGGCAAAAACAACCGAAAUGUGAAUGUCGUGCCUAGUGAGUAGGAGUCAUGUUCUGUCCUGAUUGUUAUUUUUCUUCUUUUCAAGAAUUACUGGUGUUUGAAAUGCCACUUUUCAGUUUGAACCAUAUAUAUUUGUAGCUCAAUAUUGCAAACAGCAGUAAGACUGUUUCAAGAAUGAGUGUUAUAAUUGCAUAGCAUUUGUAUGCACUUUAUAUUUUGCAGAAGUUACUGAAAUUAAUUUAUUAAUCAUUUUGCACAUGAAAGCUGUAGGGCAUACCUUUUUGUUGUCGUCUCCUAUUUUUCAGGUGGGAAAGCUAAGAUAUGGUAAGGCCGUAUGAUUUGAAGAUGCUAUAGAGAGUCGAGGAAACACCUAGAACCGGUUUUCCCCUGUGUACUAUACAGAGAGAAACCAAAAUUUUCAAUCUAUUCUUAUAUUUCCUCCCACUUAAUUCUCUCUCCCGUGAGUUUUCUUUUCUUUUUAGAAUAUGCAUUAAUUUGUCUUGAAAUGAUCACAAAGGAUAACCCUGUCCUUUAGAAGAACCUUGGUAAUUAGCUUGGUGAGAGAGAGAGGAGGUUAUCUUGGGGAAAAUGUGGCCCCCCGUCCCCCUUAAAGACUUUGAAAUAGAACGGAGCUAGACACAGGAAGCCCUUCCAUACACCUGUUUACACUGUCGGCCCCUCCCUAGGAGGGUUCCAUUUGUCCUCCAGUUGAUCCCUCUGGGCCCGGAAGUAGAAUGAGAGCGCUGUUAGAGUGAGUGUCCUUUGACCACUUGUGGUCACCGGAUACCAAAAUCAGAGACAGUAGGAGACAGGUCACCUCUUUAGGUGGAGCAUGCCGAAACUCAGUGUGAUGACGACAAGUGAAGUGUCCCCCACCCCCCAUCUUUCUGAAAUGAUACACAGGGGCAAACGUAGUUCUCAAUUUUGUGUGCUGAGAUACUUGAGCAAGACUGAUGGCAUUUUCUCAUUUUUCAUUUAUUAAGGCUCCUAUAAUUCUUCUUAAAUAAUAGACAGAUAUUUAAAUAGAUGCUGAAGAAAUUACACUGGAAAAUGCUAGCCUCUAGAAAAGAUUAAUCAUAAUGUCCUUAAUUCAGGUUGAAUUAAGCAUGUGAUAUAAAUAAAUUCAGUGAAUUACAAAAAGCAAGAUUUUGUAGAGUUGAUCAGAUUUUCAGUACAGUGACACUCUAUGUAUUCAAUCCAGAUUUCCCCGAACAUUUCCCCACCACGUAAAGGAUGCUCACUUAAUGAAAUAAAUGCUCAUAAAGCAGUGAUUCCUCCUAAGAAGAUUUUCCUUAUGAACAAUUCCAAACCAGGGGUGCCUGAGCUAGAUUUUGAAGUUAUAAAGAAGUGUCGAUGUAUUUUAAAAGCUUUUCAAUGGCUUUAUUUGGGAUAGAAGUUAUCAACCCCCUUUUCACAUUUUUGAUGUGUGGGUGUUAAGUUGCUUUUUACAAGAGGAAAAGUCAGCCUGCAUUUAUUUUUAAAUGCAGUUAUUAAAACAUUUUUUUUUGUAUUCCCCAUCAAUGAAAAUUUUCAGUAUGUACAAAAUGGUGAAUUAUAGAACAGUUCAGUGCUUAGUUUCUCUGGGUCUUAGUAAAAUAUUUAUAAACCAACUGCAAUAUUUAUACAUUAGGAUGGCAAACUUACGUCAAGACUGCAGAUUUAGUCUUUUCCAUUGUGUCCUGCCCUCGGUGCCACGCUUGUAACAUUGCUAGAAGGUGGACACUAGGCAAACAGGAGUGAGAGAAAAAGAAGUCCAUUCUUUAAUGAAGAAUUCAGGUACAUUAGACAUUUGUUACUUUAUGGUCAAGAGUUUCCUCUUACUGUUCAUUGUUAUUUGUUGGCAAAAUAAAAGUGCCUUAAGUUAAAAGUUUGUUUUGAGAUCCAUUUAAAAAAAAAUCAGUAUCAAUUCAUAAUGCAUUUAUUUAUAAGUCCCUUUUUUUUUGCAUGUCUAUUAUAAAUUUAAUAUUGUAAAUGUAUUCAAAUUCAUUUACAUGCCUAUGGCUGCCUUUGAUUAAACUUCUUCCAAAAACUGAA